UCCUCGGCCACCGUACUGAACCACUUCCCAAACAACAACAUGACGGAGGCUGCUUCUUCUGCUGUCUGUGCAUCUCUCAGUGUCUGCGAGCAGGAGCCGGUUCGUGCUUCACAGCUUCUCCGAUGAUAGUGAGACGAACUUGAGCCGACAGUGAGACGGGCAGAUAAAACAUGGAGUAUCUGCUGCAGGUGAAAAUAGGCGCUCUGGUGGGUUUGCUGCUCCUGACGCUGUUUUUUGGAUCCAUCCCCGCCCGCGUCAAAUGGUUCAGACGCACAAAUGGAACAGAAACCCAUCGCACAGUUCUGAGUCUGAUCAGCUGUUUUGCCGGUGGGGUUUUCCUGGCAGCAUGUCUGCUCGACAUCAUUCCAGAUUAUCUGUCAGACAUCAACACAGAGCUGGACAAUCGGAAUGUGAAGACCAGCUUCCCUCUUCCGGAGUUCAUCAUGGCCUCCGGCUUCUUCAUGGUCCUCAUACUAGAGAAGAUGGUCCUGAACUGCCAGGACAUAGGAGGGGCCCAGGAGGAGAGGGCCCCCCUUAUAUCGGACAACAGAAACGGGCACGGGCACGGACACGGAGCGAGCACUGAUCUGGAGAGCAGCGGCCACCACGUCCAUGUUGACUUUCAGGCUCAUUCUCCGUUUCGUUCCUUCAUGCUCUUCCUCUCGCUUUCACUCCACUCAGUGUUUGAGGGUCUCGCCAUCGGCCUCCAGAACACAGACUCAAAGGUGUUAGAGAUCUGCAUCGCUAUACUGGUCCACAAGAGCAUCAUCGUGUUCAGCCUGUCUGUGAAGCUGGUCCAGAGCGCAGUUCGGCCACUGUGGGUGGCUGCUUACAUCGGAGUGUUCGCCAUGAUGUCGCCUUUAGGCAUCGCCAUCGGCAUCAGUGUGAUGGAGGCCCAACUAGCAGCCGGAGUGUUGAUCCAGGCCGUCCUGGAGGGGCUCUCUGCGGGGACGUUUAUUUACAUCACCUUCAUGGAGAUCCUCCCACAUGAGCUAAACUCCCCCGGGAAGCAGCUUCUCAAGGUGUUCUUCAUCCUGCUGGGCUUCAGCGUCAUGGCAGGGCUGACGUUUAUAGGAUGAGAUCUGUGGCCUCUGGACUCUCUGGUACGACUCCUGCAGCUCCCGCAAGCUUGUUUGUAGGUUUACUUACACACAGUUAAAAUACGUUUUUAUUGUGCAAUGGAACGGUUGUUGAUGUUUUAGUGAUUUCAAAAUACCACAGAUUUGUGUACAUACAAACAUUUUUUAAAAGGAUUUUAUGUUUAGAGGAUCCAGCUGCUUGCAAAAGGUUUGGUACACAGAGGAAAGAAGUGGUGCAUCCUGAGUGCCCUUAUUUUUCACUGGUCGUGUUUGGAUACAAACCCACUGUCACAGACCUUUGUUACUAUGGAAGGAACCACUGGAAACACAAGGUCCUGUUGUAUGAAUGAUAUGUUUGUAUGUCACAUGAUUUUUAAUGUUUACAUUUCAUUGAAGCACGUCUGACAGCAUCUUGUUCCCAAAAAGAGUUUGUGCCUUCACUUUGUGUGGAUGUAGUUUCCAGUCUUUGGCUGCUUUUAAACAUUUGACAUUUCUUACAUUUUUCCAGUUAACUGACUCUGAUGCUUCUUUUUUUUUUUUUUUUUUUUUUGCAUUUUUCCAGUAAAUAAUUGCUCAUUUCCAGUAAUGAGCUCAGAUAAUUCCAUCCUCUAUUGAAACAAGCUGAUAACUGUUAUUUACAUUGUACUGACCCUCGUCCCAGUUUAGUCCACACUGUCCUUCCACUUUAUCCACUGUUUUACAUUUGGAAUGUGGACUGAAACAGAAGCUUUAAAUUCUUUAAAAUCGACAGUAUUGAAAGAUAAAGAUUUCAUUCUGCAGACUGAUACAUGUGCACGCACCUUUACAGCACAGUACAUACAUGUGCCUUCCUGUCCGAGGCUCGGGACUAUAUUUUUUGCGAGCCACACAAUUUCUAAAAUUACCAUAAUGAUUAUACACAGGUGCACUGAAUUUACAAAAACUGGAUUAUGAAUAUGAAUGUUUAUUUGUGACUGAAAUUUUAAAGCGUCUCUGUUUAAUCUCAAAUCCUGUUUUAGUUUGUCAUGUGUUUUCUGAGCAGAACAAAUAUCAGGAAGUUGGAUCGUGUGGGUUUACACUCAGCAGCUUUAUUCAGACCAAUUCAAACUUGACACCUCUCGGACUGAUGAAACGAUCAGGUUUUACUUCUGCUUCCAAACUGAUACCGUCAUGUGUAGAAAUCCACCGCACGCUAUUUUGUGCCUUAUAAUUAUUCAUGAGAGAGAAGACUUUGUUGUCUGUUGUGUAAACUUGAUGAGAGUAAAGAUAAAAGAACAAUU